AUGGUUGGACUCGAUGAUCUGGAAGGUUUUUCUCCAAUCUUGGCAAUUCUGGGAUCCUUGUUUCCCUUAACCUUUGCUGUCUGCACGUACUUUGUGAUGAUGGGCGUCCUGACCAUCUAUACCUCAUACAAAGAGAAGAGCAUUUUUCUGGUAGCUCACAGAAAAGACCCGGCGGGGAUGGACCCCGACGACGUUUGGCAGCUCUCCUCCAGCCUCAAACGGUUUGAUGACAAAUACACUUUGAAAUUGACUUUUAUCAGUGGGAAAACCAAACAGCAGAGGGAAGCGGAGUUCACCAAAUCCAUCGCCAAGUUCUUCGAUACCAACGGGACGUUGGUGAUGGACGCCUACGAGCCGGAGGUGUCCAAGCUGCACGACAGCCUGGCUUCCGAGAGGAAAACAAAGUGA